GCGCCUUGCGGUUCUUAGCCCCGCCCCUUCCUGUCGGACGGGGGCGGGGCAGCGCCAGCAAGAUGGCGGCGCCGGCGCUGCUGGUGUUUCCCGAGAAACCCAGCCACAAGAAGUACAGGGCCGCGCUCAAGAAGGAGAAACGGAAGAAACGCCGGCAGGAACUCGCUCGACUGAGAGACUCAGAAGCCUCACAGAAGGAGGAGGAAGAGGACACUUUAAAUGAAGAACAACUAGAAGAAGAGAAACAGUUGGAGAGAGAGAGGCAAAAAUUACAUGAGGAGUGGUUGCUGAGGGAACAGAAGGCACAAGAAGAAUUCAGGAUAAAGAAGGAAAGGGAAGAGGCGGCUAGAAAACGACAGGAAGAGCAAGAGAGAAAGUUAAAGGCAGAAUGGGAAGAACAGCAGAGAAAAGAGAAGGAGGAGGAGGAGCAGAAGCUGCAGGAGAAGAGAGAAAGAGAGGAAGCGGUACAGAAGCUGCUGGAUCAGGCUGAAAAUGAGUUGGAAAAUGGUGCCACCUGGCAGAACCCAGAACCACCCAUGGAUUUAAGAGUAAUGGAGAAAGAUCGAGCCAAUUGUCCAUUCUACAGUAAAACGGGAGCUUGCCGAUUUGGAGAUAGGUGUUCACGUAAGCAUAACUUCCCCACAUCGAGUCCCACCCUUCUUAUUAGAAGCAUGUUUACAACAUUUGGAAUGGAGCAGUGCAGGAGGGAUGACUAUGACCCUGAUGCAAGCCUGGAAUACAGUGAAGAAGAGACCUACCAGCAGUUCCUAGACUUCUAUGAUGAUGUGCUGCCCGAGUUCAGGAACGUGGGGAAGGUGAUUCAGUUCAAGGUUAGCUGCAACUUGGAACCUCACCUGAGGGGCAAUGUCUAUGUUCAAUACCAGACGGAAGAAGAAUGCCAAGCAGCCCUUUCUUUGUUUAAUGGACGAUGGUAUGCAGGAAGACAGCUUCAGUGUGAAUUCUGCCCAGUGACCCGGUGGAAAAUGGCGAUCUGUGGUUUAUUUGAAAUACAACAGUGUCCAAGAGGAAAACACUGCAACUUUCUCCAUGUGUUCAGAAACCCCAACAAUGAAUUUUGGGAAGCUAACAGAGACCUCUACCUGUCUCCAGAUCGGACUGGCUCCUCCUUUGGUAAAAACUUAGACAGGAGGGAGAGGGCAGGCCACCAUGAGGAUUACUAUGGCAGGCCCCGGAGGAGGAGAAGCCCUGGUCCAGACCAUUCCUACAAGAGAAACGGGGAGUCCGAGAGGAAGAGGAGAAGCAGUCACAGGAGUAAGAAAUCUCACAAACACACAAGAAGUCGUGACAGGCACAGUUCCCGGAGCAGAGGAAGAAAAAGGAACCGCAGCCGCAGCCGGGGCCGGGGCAGGCACAACCACAUCCGCAGGGGCCGCCGGAGCCGGAGCCGGAGCCGGAGCCGAAGUCGCAGCAGGAGUAGAAGCAGAAGCAGAAGCAGAACCAGAAGCAGAACCAGAAGCAGAAGCAGAAGCAGGAGUCGGACCCGCAGCCGGAGCCGGAGCCGGAGCAGGAGCAGGAGCAGGAGCAGGUCUAGGUCUAGGAGUCGUGGUGGCAGGAGGUCAGACAGUAGAGACAGAACUGUUCGGAGUCCCAAAUCCAAAUAAAGCCGUUUUGUUCUAAAA